AUGAGGAAUUCAUAAAAUUUCAAGUAAACUUAUGAAAUUAAUUCUAAUUAUGAAUGCAGAAUAAUAUAAAACAAUUUGUUCGAUAUCAAUCCUUUGGUAUUUUUCUUGUAAGAGUUUGUAAAUAUAUAGAUAGAGUAUAAAAGAAUAUUACAUUUUUAGGAUGUAAAACAAAAAGGAUUUUGAAUAGACAUUUAAAUUGAUUUAUUUUUAUAUUUCACUGUAAGCUAUUACAAACCUUGAUAUUAUCAUCAACAAAGAAUUAUCUGCUAAAUUUAAAUAUUCUAAUUUGGGCAGAUAAUCUCAGUCGCAGAUCCUCAAUAGAAAUUCAGAUUGGUAUUAAGGGUCAAGACUUCUCUAAAUGCCACUCCAAAAGCAGUAAUUGUGAGGGAAUUUAUCUAUAAAUCAUGAAAUUAUGAAGGAAAUACAAUGAGAUAUGUAUUUUAGUUCCUAAAAAAGCGUAUUGUUUAGAAUGCGAGAUGAAAAAAAGAAUAUUGGGAUUUGGAAAUUUUCAGAAAGUGAAAAAUCUUACCUAAAAAUAGAAUCAUAUAUAUAGAAUUGA